UGCGUAAACGUGUGAAAAGAUAAAAUAACUUUGCAUUUAAAGAAAACCUCUACGAAGAAAUGAGCGAAUAUUAACUUCUAAACGCAAUUUGCCAAACAUGACGAAACUUUAUGACAUGUUGUAACAUUUGAUGACUUGUGUAUUCUAUAACUUGUGGGCUGUAUUGUUAGUUUCACUUUCACGUGCUCUUCAUAUAAUCAUAGGUCAUACUACACAUAUCAUUGUUCCACCUUAUCUCCGCAUGUAUAUUUUAUUAUAAUUUCCACUUAUUCCUUUACACUAAAUCAUCUAUUAUUCUAGCCAUAUGAUUUAACUUGAAGUUAUAAUGUAGAUAAUUAAGUUUUGUAAUUAAUCCAUCUACGUUUAUGAAACAUAUUUUCUGUAAGAAAAUACAGCACUAUCCACUAAAAAAAACAGAAAUGAAACCUCUAUAAAUAUCGUCGCUUAGAUGUUAAACUGAAUAUUCACCAUUAAUGAGAUAAAGAGAGAGGUUCUGACCCCAAAGAACAACAAAAGAAAAACAGAGAGAUUGUCUUCUUAAAUCUCCGGUUAUCUGGUUAAACCCCAUUUUUGUUGAUUCAGAGGUAAUGGGAGGCAGUAGCGGCAACGGAGUUUCGUACCGGAGCGACGGCGAAUCCGACGUGGAGUUGGAGGAUUACGAGGUGGACGAUGACUUCAGAGAUGGGAUUGUAGAAACGCGAGGAGACAGAUUCAACCCCCUCACGAACUUCUUAGGGUUAGAUUUCGCCGGAGGUAACGGCGGAAAGUUCACGGUCAUUAACGGAAUCAGAGAUAUCUCCAGAGGCUCCGUUAUUCAUCCCGAUAACCGGUGCUACAAGGCGUGGACCACGUUCAUACUGAUAUGGGCACUUUACUCUUCCUUCUUCACUCCACUAGAAUUCGGAUUCUUCAGGGGACUACCAGAGAAUCUGUUCAUCCUAGACAUCGCGGGCCAGAUCGCUUUCUUAGUCGAUAUUGUGCUAACAUUCUUCGUGGCUUAUAGAGAUAGCAGAACUUACAGAAUGGUCUAUAGACGCAGUUCAAUCGCUCUACGGUACUUAAAAUCAUCUUUUGUUAUUGAUUUACUUGCCUGCAUGCCAUGGGAUAUCAUCUACAAGGCUGCAGGUGAAAAAGAAGAAGUGAGAUACCUACUGUUGAUAAGAUUAUAUCGAGUUCGUAGAGUAAUCCUAUUUUUCCACAAAAUGGAGAAAGAUAUAAGAAUCAAUUACCUUUUCACUAGAAUCGUCAAGCUUAUAUUCGUUGAGCUCUAUUGCACACACACCGCGGCUUGUAUCUUCUAUUACUUGGCCACCACGCUGCCUGCUUCUCAAGAAGGGUACACUUGGAUUGGAAGUUUGAAACUGGGAGACUACAGUUACGCUAAGUUUAGAGAGAUCGAUCUCUGGACUCGGUACACUACUUCUAUGUACUUUGCAAUUGUCACUAUGGCAACUGUUGGUUAUGGAGACAUACACGCAGUUAAUAUGAGGGAAAUGAUAUUUGCGAUGAUCUACAUAUCAUUCGACAUGAUUCUAGGGGCUUACUUGAUCGGUAACAUGACAGCUUUGAUAGUAAAAGGUUCAAAAACAGAGAGAUUCAGGGAUAAGAUGGCGGAUAUUAUGAAGUAUAUGAACCGAAACAAACUCAGUAGAAACAUCCGUGGUCAGAUCACUGGACAUUUACGGUUGCAGUACCAAAGUAGCUAUACCGAGGCAGCUGUUCUUCAAGACAUACCUGUCUCUAUCCGCGCCAAGAUUGCACAAACUUUAUACAUGCCGUACAUCGAGAAGGUUCCUCUCUUCCGUGGCUGCUCAUCUGAGUUCAUUAACCAGAUUGUUAUAAGACUUCAUGAAGAGUUCUUUCUCCCUGGAGAAGUUAUCAUGGAACAAGGAAGCGUUGUGGAUCAACUCUACUUUGUUUGUCACGGUGUAUUGGAGGAGAUAGGUACAGCUAAGGAUGGAUCUGAAGAGAUAGUAUCACUUCUUCAACCAGAUAACUCUUUUGGAGAGAUAUCAAUCCUCUGCAACAUUCCUCAGCCUUACACAGUCCGAGUUUCCGAGCUGUGUCGGAUUUUAAGGCUAGAUAAACAGUCUUUCAUGAACAUUCUCGAGAUAUAUUUCCACGACGGACGGAGGAUUCUCAACAAUCUUCUUGAAGGGAAAGAAUCAAAUAUCCGGAUUAAGCAGCUGGAAUCAGAUAUAACCUUCCAUAUUAGUAAACAAGAGGGAGAGCUAGCUUUGAAGUUGAACAGUGCUGCUUUCUACGGUGAUCUUUACCAGCUUAAGAGCUUGAUUCGAGCUGGAGGUGACCCCAAUAAAACAGAUUAUGAUGGAAGAUCGCCUUUGCAUCUUGCAGCCUCUAGAGGAUAUGAAGACAUUACAUUGUAUCUUAUCCAAGAAUCAGUAGAUGUAAAUAUAAAAGAUAAACUAGGGAACACGCCGUUACUAGAAGCAAUUAAGAACGGGAAUGAUCGCGUCGCGGCGUUGCUUGUGAAAGAAGGUGCAACGUUGAGUAUAGAGAACGCAGGGACUUUCCUUUGCACGGUGGUCGCGAAAGGAGACAGCGAUUUCUUGAAACGGCUUCUCAACAACGGCAUUGAUCCAAACUCUAAAGAUUAUGAUCACAGGACACCUCUCCACGUUGCUGCUUCUGAAGGAUUGUAUCUAUUGGCAAUGCAGUUGGUAGAAGCAGGUGCGAAUGUUCUUAAAAAAGACAGAUGGGGCAAUACUCCUUUAGAUGAAGCCCUAGGUUGUGGUAACAAGAUGUUAAUAAAGUUACUAGAAGACGCUAAGAGUUCACAGAUGUCUUCGCUUCCAAGUAGCUCCAAAGAGCUCAAAGAUAGAGUAUAUAAGAAGAAAUGUACAGUGUAUUCUUCACAUCCAAACGAUGCAAAAGAAACAAGAAGACGUGGGAUUGUGUUGUGGGUUCCUGGAAGCAUAGAGGAGCUUGUGAGAACUGCAACAGAACAGUUGAAUGUUUCUGAAGCUUCUUGUGUAUUGUCUGAAGAUGAAGGUAAAAUUAUUGAUGUAGAUUUGAUUAGUGAUGGACAAAAACUGUAUCUGACUGUUGAAACAUAGAGUCAUUACA